GAUGGCGAAGGACGUGUUUAUAAAUAUCUCUUAGACAAUAACGUGUUCACGUACCAGUACACACGCGAGUGACUUAUGCUUGAAAGGGAAAAGUUUUGUGAUGUGAUUACCGAGUUUUUGGAUACAAUAUUUUAAAAGGAUGUAUUUCUUUUUUGCUGUUCUAAGCUUACUUGUUAGAGAAUCUCUUCUACUUCGAAUAGUUCGGGUUUCGGUCCCUUCAUACCGGGUUCGAGGACAGCAGGCUCAGUUUGAUUGUGAUUAUGAACUUGGAGGUGACAGAUUAUAUUCUGUCAAAUGGUAUAGAGACAACGAAGAGUUUUACAGAUAUAUGCCGAAAUAUGAUCCUCCGCAGCAUGCGUAUAAAAUCGACGGAGUCAAAGUUGAUUUGUCAAAAUCGAACGACAGAAGAGUCGUUUUGCAUCAGGUGACACUGAAAUCGUCGGGGUUGUAUCGAUGUGAGGUUUCGGCCGAAGCGCCGAGUUUCGAGUCUGCCGCCGGCGAAGGAAGAAUGGAGGUUAUUUAUCUCCCACGAGAGGGCCCAAGAAUAACAGGAAAUGAGCAAGAAAACAAGAAAGAAGACUUCUUGUUUCUGAAUUGUACGUCUGGUCGAUCAUACCCGGCUGCUGUUCUCAGUUGGGAUAUCGACGGAGAGAAGGUAACUGACAAAAACCUGCUGGUAGAGUACCCUCUAAUACAGCACUCACAUGGCCUGCUAUCAGCAGCUCUAGGGCUUCGCGUCCCCACGGGAAGGACGAUGCAGGUGCGGUGUACAGCAAGAGUAGCACCAGCUUGGCGAGAGGGGAGUGAAGCUGUAGUUGGAAACAGUCAACUAGCUGAUAGUAAAGAAGCUAUGUUAUUAGUGCGAAGUUCGGGCGAGGCGUCUACAUUAAGUAUAAUGCUGUUAACACUUUCCUUCCUUCAACUUCUGAGUUCCUUAAUACAAUCAGAAACGUGAUAAAUUAUCAUUUGUCUCUCAUUACCAAAAACGUGCUAAGACACGACCAUGACGCUGAAUUCGUUAACGGCAUUCCCGUAUUAAAGUAACUUUAGUUACGUUGUCUGUGAAUUUGAUUAGAUAGCAUUGUUAUUAGAGAUUUGUAAGCAUCGAGUACAUAUCUGUAUUUUAGUCAAUGAAUUUAUUUUUCAUGCUAGAAAUAUUUUUGUAGCUAUUCUGUUCAGUUAAUGCUAAGCUUUUUUUGAUUCACAUUUGUAAAUAUAGAUCUAAAACUGCCUUCCUAGAUCGUAAUUGUAUAUAUAAAUGAAAUUUAUAUAACAAUUCUUUUGUUACAAUUGUAAUGUGUAAAUGUAUUAUUUAAAUUAAAUAAAAAAUUUAGCUAAAGAUAACCC